ACUCUGUAUUUCAUAAAAUAGAGGUGGAUUGUCAAGCAAGUGAGCUCCGAUGUGUUUAAAUACAAGGCUGAUUGCAACCAAUUACAUAACCUCUUCUUAGACUAGAGAACAUCAACGUAUCGUGCUUGUGAUAAGAACAGAUCAGUAGCAUUUCACUUGUCAAAAAGAAAAGGCUAAAAACUACCUGAACGCAGGAUGGACGAAAAGUUGAAAAACGCGGACUAUGACGCCGACAAAGAGGACAAGGAUGACGUCAAAAAUGGUGUUGGAGAGGGGCAACUUACUUUCAUGUUGGUGCUAUGUACUGCUACUGUGAGCAUUGGAUCCUCAGGAGAAUUCGGCUACAACCAGGGAGUUAUCACGGCUCCCUCAGUGUUCAUCCAAGCUUUCAUUAAUGAGACGUACUUUGAGCGUUCGGGUGGGAAACAGCUGAAUGACGAGGCCCUAACAUGGCUUUGGGCUACUGUAGUUUCCAUCUACUGCAUCGGAGGAGCUCUAGGGGCCCUCGCAGGAGGAUACUGGGCUGACUAUUUCGGCAGAAACCGAGGGCUGAUUUACAACAAUUUCAUCUCGAUUGUUGGCUCAUUAUUGAUGGGAUGUUGCCAGAUAGCUGGCUCUCCUGAAAUGAUCAUCAUCGGCCGCUUCGUCAUUGGAUUCAGUGUUGGUAUGUCAUUGACCAUCGUACCCCUAUACCUGUCCGAGAUAGCACCCUUCAAUCUACGAGGAGCUAUCACCACCACCCACCAGCUACUCAUCACGAUAGGCCUCCUGCUUGCUCAGGUCUUGGGGUUCUUUGCAUUCUACGAUGAGUCUACGUGGCCGAUCGUGCUGGGACUAAGUGCAGUCACUGGUCUCAUCGAGUUUAUCGUCCUACCUUUCUGCCCAGAGAGUCCACGAUGGCUGCUUAUCAAACAGAACCAAGAGGAGAAAGCCAUCGCAGCUCUUCGUUUGCUUCGUGGCGUGGAUGACGUGGUAGCUGAGGUCGAUGAGAUGAAGCUUGAACAUCAGCACGAGGACGAGACCGAGAAGGUUGGGGUCCUGGACCUACUCUGUCUACGUGACAGGACCUGGUUGAUGCCGCUGUUGAUCUGUGUUGUCUUGCACGGUGGACAGCAGUUAUCAGGGAUCAAUGCGAUCAUAUUUUACUCAACAGAGCUGUACCAAUCUGCCGGAAUGACAGACUCUCAGAUAGCCUACGCCACUGUCGGAUUUGGCACCCUCAACGUCAUCGUCACUAUAAUUUCGGUCCUAGUGGUAGAGCGCCUAGGUCGUCGUCCCCUCCUUCUUUACCCUUUCGGGAUGUUAUCUGUUUGUUUGGUUGGUCUCACCGUCUCACUCGCCCUUCAGGAGGAAAAUGACUGGACGAAAUGGAUGGGCCUUGGUUUUAUUUAUCUCUAUAUCAUAUUUUUUGCUAUCGGACCAGCACCCCUGCCGUACGUGGUAUCGACAGAGGUGUGGUCCCAGGGGCCACGCCCUGCUGCUGUUAGUAUCUCAAUUCAAGUCAAUUGGUGGGCUAAUUUCCUGGUCCAGCUCUCCUUCCCAUCUAUACAGGGUGCGAUUGACGAGUAUACUUUCAUCAUUUUUAUCGUCUUCGUCGUCUUGACAACCCUGUUCAUCUACAUCUACCUGCCUGAGACGAAAAAUCGCAGCUUUGACGAGAUCGUCACAGGAUUCAGAAUCAAAGGCAAAAACAAAGAGAAUGUUGAGCACGAGAUCGAAGACAGAUAUAAAGCCCAAAGCCUGGCCAACGAUGACGAGAAGAAUGGCAACGAUGUCGAGAUGAGAUAUUCGUACGUGAACAGAGGGCAACAAACAGACGAAUAGUCUGUGUGUCUCUCCAUGUGCUAAAAUAUAUAGGGGCACUUCUACUUUAGUUGGUGAAUAUCCUAGAUGUUACCAUGUUUCCAAGAUAUAAUGAUAAUUAUACAACCCAUUUCUUAUACAGCGCUUUACCAUUAAAUGAUCAAAGCGUUUACAGUAGUAUUAGAUGAACACUUGCGUAGCGUAGCAGAGCACAUAUUAAUUUCGUCGGAAUUUAUCUUUUUUCCCUUUCUUUCUGUAUGGAUUUCGUUUCUGCGUGUGCCGUCCGUAGUAGUUUAUUAAUUCAAUUAUUUGAAUUGUAUCGUGUUGCUGAUACUAAUCUUAGCAAUUUGAAAACACUUUUAGCAACCAUUGACCUAAACUUAGUUCAUAGACGUUCGUCAAAUCUUAAAACGGACGCACGCGCGCAUAUACAAUAAUUGCUUUAAAAAUCUUCACAAUGGCUGCUAACCCCCAAUUAUGAAGUAUAAAUUAGAAAUGCGAUUUCAUGUUAGAAUGCUUUAACGUCAACAUAGUGUCACUUUAGGGAAACAAAUGAAUUUGUUUCGAUUGGGAAAUAUUUGCCGCUGUUGUUUUGAAUAUAUCUCGUCUAUCUGUACUCUGAUGUCCCCAAUAUUUUAAUAUAUUGUAGCUAAGACUUUACUCUACAAAUAUACUGGCUUUCAAAUUUUGAUCAAAAGAUGAAAUCGUGGUUAACAUUCCAAUUUAAGGUGAAGACUGCAAAAUCUGACAUUAUUGUUUCUAAUUGUACGUGUUAUAUGAAUGGAGGCUGGGAAGAUCGAAUUUGAAUCUGUGUUAUUAGAUGAUCAGAGGCGUAGUGUACCAAAUCUCCUAUUAAGCUUGUACAUAGGCGUGUUACAAGAGUGGAGGGUUGGAUCUUUGUUUAAUAAAGACCGAAUCUCCCAUUCUACACGUGUUAUUAUAGAUCACCUGAUUCGUCUCGGUGACGAAUUCAUUUUCUUGUUAUUAUUACCCCUGUC